AUGACAAUGAGGGAUUAUUGAACCUACAGUCAAUCUGGAUAUCAACUGAGUGCCGCGUUAACAAUGAUUUAGGCAGAAAUGCACGUUUCAGGGCAGACCAAACAGCGAGACUGCGCGAAUGCUGUUGCAUAUCACUUCCGGUUUGUUGCCAGGACAACAGUUUCACGCCGCCUCUAAACCCAAAGUCACAACAAACGCUGUUUCCUAAUGGGAAUACGUGUUCUUUUUUGUUACGCUUACAUAUAAUUUUAUCUUUAUUGUUUCAAUUUGCGAUACUGAUACAAAUAUGAGUCAGCGGCAGGUUUUGCAAGUAUUUGAGCAGUACCAGAAGGCAAGAACACAAUUUGUGCAAACUGUAGCAGAUCUUGCAACAAGACCACAGAAUAUCGAAACACUUCAACAUGCUGGUGUAAUGUCCCUUUUGAGGCCUCUCCUCUUGGAUGCGGUCCCAACUAUUCAGCAGACAGCAGCUCUGGCUCUCGGAAGGCUUGCCAACUAUAACGAUGACCUGGCUGAGGCUGUAGUAAAGGGAGACAUUCUUCCACAGCUUGUGUACUCCCUGGCUGAGCAAAACCGAUUCUACAAGAAAGCUGCUGCUUUCGUUCUUCGGGCUGUUGCUAAGCACUCCCCCGUUGCCCAGGCCGUGGUGGACUGUGGAGCACUGGACGCUCUUGUCAUUUCCCUGGAGGAGUUUGACCCUGGGGUCAAAGAGGCUGCUGCAUGGGCACUGGGUUACAUUGCCAGACACAAUGAACAGCUGGCUCAGGCAGUAGUAGAUGCUGGAGUUGCGCCUCUACUCGUCUUAUGUAUUCAGGAGCCUGAAAUCGCCCUAAAAAGGGUUGCCGCCUCUUCUUUGAGUGACAUAGCCAAGCACUCUCCUGAGCUGGCUCAUACAGUGGUAGAGACGGGAGCCAUCGCUCACCUAGCACAGAUGAUUUUAAACCCUGAUUCCAAACUGAAGAGACAGGUUUUCUCAGCUCUCGGCCAAAUUGCCAAGCAUUCUGUAGACCUAGCAGAGAUGGUGGUGGAAGCCGAGAUAUUUCCCGCCGCACUGGCUUCUCUCAAGGACCCAGAUGAAUAUGUUCGAAAGAAUGUCACCACUCUUAUUCGAGAAAUCACCAAACACAGCCCUGAGCUGGCCCAGAUAAUAGUGCAUGUGGGGGGCGUAGCAGCUGUGAUUGACUACCUUGGGGAAUCCAAAGGGAAUGUACGCCUCCCGGGGAUCAUGAUGUUGGGCUAUGUGGCUGCACACACGGAGAAUUUAGCCAUGGCUGUGAUUGUAUCUAAGGGAGUGCCACAGUUGGCAAUCUGCCUGGAGGAAGAACGGGAAGAUCAUAUCAAGGCAGCCACGGCUUGGGCGUUCGGCCAGAUCGGUCGCCACACACCUGAGCACGCACGAGCUGUUGCCGUGGCCAAUGUGUUUCCCAAACUCCUGCAUUUGUAUUUGAACACUCAAAACUCUGAAGACCUACAGGUCAAGGCCAAGAAGGCCUUGAAGAGCAUCCUUCAAAAGUGCACUUAUCUGCCGGCACUAGAGCCUCUUCUCUAUGAAGCUCCCAGCAACAUUCUUAAACAUGUCAUAUGUCAAUUUAGCAAGGUUCUUCCUCAUGACAGUAAGGCACGUCGCUUGUUUGUUACCAGUGGGGGUCUGAAGAAAGUACAGGAGAUCAAAGCAGAACCCGGUUCUGCAAUUCAGGAAUAUAUCGAUGCAAUUAACAGCUGCUACCCCGAGGAGAUUGUCAGGUACUAUUCCCCUGGUUACUCCGAGGCUUUGCUGGAAAGGAUUGACAACUAUCAACCAGUUUGAUCCUGUGCAACUUUUUUAUUUUUUUUAAAUGAAAACACUUAUUGUAGCACUAAUCACAUCUGCAAAAUCUAUUAUAUUAAAGGUGUAAUAUUAAAA